UCAGACAUAGAACCAGAGCAUCAGCUAGACUUCUGACACAGAACCAGACUAGAGCAUCAGAGACCAGAGCAUCAGAGACCAGAGCAUCAGAGACCAGAGCAUCAGAGACAGAACAUCAGAGACCAGAACAUCAGAGAACAUCUCAGACAAUACAAUCUUCAGCAUCUCAACCAUCUCUGAACCAUGAAGACCCUGACUGCUCUACUCCUCCUGGGACUGCUCUGCUCCCUCCAUACGACGUCUGCAGGUGUCAUCGCGUUGGAAAUAGCACCUGAAUGCUGUAUGAAAUUCAGCGCGAGGAUCCCUCUUCAACAAGUGGUUUCUCUCAGAACAACCUCCAGUAGCUGCCCUCGCAAAGCACUGAUUUUCACCACAAAGAAAGGGAAGAUAUUUUGUGUUGACCCUUCUGAAGCCUGGGUCCAGAGUCAUGUGACCAAGAUUGAGAGCAGAUCGACUACUGCCAAGACGACGAUGACGUCAUCAACUACCAUCACCCCCUAACACCCCAACCCUUGUUGGUGCACUUUAAAGGGAAUAGGUUGCCAUUAGUGACACAAACCUUGUCAUGCAUGUCAAUACCCUAUCUGAGAUUGGUAUAGAGGAGGUUCAAUGUAAUGUACUAGGUUAAUAUCCUAUCUGAGAUUGGUAUGGAUUAGGUUCAAUGUAAUGUACUAGGUUAAUAUCCUAUCUGAGAUUGGUAUGGAUUAGGUUCAAUGUAAUGUACUAGGUUAAUAUCCUAUCUGAGAUUGGUAUGGAUUAGGUUCAAUGUAAUGUACUAGGUUAAUAUCCUAUCUGAGAUUGGUAUGGAUUAGGUUCAGUGUAAUGUACUAGGUUAAUACCCUAUCUGAGAUUGGUAUAGAGGAGGCUCAAUGUAAUAUAUUAGGUUAAUACCCUAUCUGAGAUUGGUAUGGAUUAGGUUCAGUGUAAUGUACUAGGUUUAGGAUAUACUAAUUGUUUAUUUUUCUAAAACUGUAAACAUAUUUGACAUGUAACCUAUUUAAUAUUUUAUAAAGCCUUUGAAGAUUUCAAACA